UCUACCGCAGAUUCAUCCUUCAGGAUCCGUUAGGAGCAGCUUCCGUCCUUCGGUUUGGGGUUAAAACCGUUGUUCUCCGGCAAACCGUUUCCCUUCAGAGCCUGGUAACCGUCAGUUUGUACGCACCUGCCCGUGUCCAGCUGCAUCUUUUCUGUAUAACGGGUUUUGAGGUAAAAUUAGAGGAAUAAUGUCGUCGGGAAGCCCUGAAUACUCGUCGUUCUUCGCAGUGAUGGGCGCCUCAGCAGCGAUGGUCUUCAGCGCGCUGGGUGCGGCGUAUGGCACGGCGAAGAGCGGCACGGGGAUCGCUGCCAUGUCUGUGAUGCGUCCCGAGCUGAUCAUGAAGUCCAUCAUUCCUGUGGUCAUGGCGGGAAUCAUCGCUAUAUACGGACUGGUGGUGGCCGUCCUCAUCGCCAACAGCAUCUCAGACAAGAUCACUCUGUACAAGAGUUUCUUGCAUCUGGGCGCAGGUCUGAGUGUGGGUCUGAGUGGGCUUGCGGCUGGGUUUGCCAUCGGCAUCGUGGGAGACGCAGGCGUCCGUGGCACCGCCCAGCAGCCUCGCCUCUUCGUCGGCAUGAUCCUCAUCCUGAUCUUCGCUGAAGUCCUGGGUCUCUACGGCCUCAUCGUAGCUCUGAUUCUCUCAACCAAAUAAACUGGCAGACAGCAUGCUGCGCUGCUGGACCACACAUGGAACAAAACGUGACGAGAGAGGAAAAAAAAUAAAUCGGUACCUUAAACUAAAAUGAAAUUAGAUGAGUUGAGAGGUGAGGAGAUCAAUCUUACACUUUACAACAGGCUCUGCGUUUGGUUUUAUCUCUGAAACUGUACAGUCGACUCGGUUUUGAUUUCUUGUAAACGUGGUAUAUAGUGAUUUCGUCCUGUGUCUGUGAAGAAAAAAAAAUAUCUAUAAUAAUAAUGCUGUAAUAAUCUCAUUCUGUUUGUUUCCAUCGAUCUGUUCUCUUUGUGUUAGAGCGGGAACGCCGCCGGUUCCCGUCACGUGAUUUGGGAGUUGUAUACAGAUUUCCACAUUGGUGUCAAGAAGUGUUUGUGAAGUGGAAAAACACACGGCGAAUCUGUACGUGGAAUGAAAUCGGUUUGGUUUACGUCCGUUUCUGUUUUCCGUUGAUUUUAUUUUUUAAUUUAUUGAGAAUAUUGUUCAUGGAAAUGUACUUGAAGCUCCUCAGAUGCUUUGAAUUGAUAUUUAUAUAAACAUAAAUAUAUAUAUAUAUAUGAGAAUAGAGCUGCACUGGGUCUGCUGCAGAUGUUUGGGAGUAUUUCAGCUCGAUGUGUGUAUUUCUGGUUGUUAUCUGUGAUGUUUGGUUGUAUUAAAGGUGUGCGUGUGCCCCUCGAUGGGUCUCACAAGUGUAAUUUCCA